AUGGCAAAGCGCAAGAACAAGGUUGAACAGGAGAGCGGUGGAGAGGAGGACGAGUUCCAAGUCGAGGAGAUCCUUGCAAAGAAGACACCACAUGGAAAUACAUACUACUUGAUCAAGUGGCUAAACUAUGAAUUGCACGACGCUACUUGGGAACAGGAGGACAAUGUGUUCUGCGAUGACUUGAUACAGAAGUUUGAAUACAAGCUCACUCAUGAUCUAGAGUUUAGAAAGAAGAGUAAUCAGACGGCUGAGACAAUCCCCUUCCCAGCAGUCGCUGAUGAGGAAGAGGUGGAGGAGGAGGAGGAGGCGCCAAAGCCAAAGCGAGGAGGCAAGAAGACCCCUGUCAAGAAGCCUGCUGCCACACCAAAAUCACCAGCCAAGUCUCCAAAGAAACCAACAACUCCAGCAGUCAAGAAGGUUCGCGUUGAUGAUAAUGAAGAUAACAACAUGGUAGAGAAGGAAGAAGAUGAUGAGCCAGCGCCCAACUUCCAGAGCGGUGAUCUUGUCGAGAAGAUUCUCGGUUGUAAGAUGCUCAAUGAGCUGAGCUUUUAUGUUAAAUGGGCCGACAAGGAGAGAUGGACAUAUGUGACAAAUACUGAUAUGAGAAGAUAUCAGCCACAGAUACUGAUCGACUUCUAUCAGUCAAGGAUCCAAACUAUAGAUCUAUGUGUACGAGCCAUCUACUGA